AUGCCAAACCAAUUUAACUUCUCAUUUGAUUACUUCUAUGCUGCAAUUAUUGCCCUCGGUAGUCCUCAUAUGUAUCAAUAUAUGCUUGGGCAGAGGAAGAAAGCUCUCGCCAAAUCCAAGAGAAAGUUUCAGGUUUUGUAUACGGAUUUGAUGACUUUGAAAGAAUCAGGUCAUGAACAUGUUUAUAUUGCUGUUGAAAAGCCUCUGUUACUUGCUCAAACUGCAGCUGUAAUGGAGAUUCUUCAUGGUCUCGUAGGCUUGGUAAGAUCUCCAAUUACAACAACUUUGCCACAGAUCGGAUCAAGAUUAUUUGUAACUUGGGGAAUUUUGUGGAGUUUUCCUGAGAACCGAACGCAUGUGCUAGUUAGUUCUUUGGUAAUAAGUUGGUCGAUUACCGAGAUUAUCAGAUACUCUUUCUUUGGUACAACAGAGGCACUUGGUUUUGCACCUUCAUGGUUGUUGUGGCUCAGGUAUAGCACCUUUCUGGUAUUGUAUCCAACUGGAAUUACCAGCGAAGUUGGUCUAAUAUAUAUCGGCCUGCAGUACAUAAAGGAAUGUGAGAAAUACUGCAUCAGGAUGCCAAACCAAUUUAACUUCUCAUUUGAUUACUUCUAUGCUGCAAUUAUUGCCCUCGGUAUCUAUGUCCCAGGCACUCCACAUAUGCAUCCAUAUAUGCUUGGGCAGAGAAAGAAAGCUCUCGCCAAAUCUAAGAGAGAGUAA